UAUCUAGUUAUUGUAUUAAAUAAGAAUACGAUCAAACAACGGGAUUUUCGUUUGAAUAAUAUAAUCAGUUUGAUCAGGAAUUCAAUUAUAAAUAAUCUAGUAUAGAUAAUCUUUGCAAUGGUUUCAAGUGCUCGUAUUUCGGCUUACAUUGUGAAGGACAACAUCCACUCGCUAUUUAAGCAAUCGAUUCAGUAAUUGAGACAAUAGUUUGUGUUUUGUAUAGUUUUGGGUCACAUUCUGUAUACCAAGAAAUGGCAAAACUUUUCUUAUUAGCGGCACUAUUGGGUGCCGUAACAAUGUGUCAGGGUGCCUUCACGGAAGGUCCGUUCAGACCGGCGGUCACCCGCAGUAUUGACGACUACUGUAAAAAAGAGGGAUAUAUUCCGGGUCCCGAUCCGUACUCAUACUACAAGUGUGAGUACGUACCCGACCAGUGCUGGAACAAACACCUGGAACACUGUCCAGAUGGUGGUACUUGGGAUGAGGAAACUCGACAAUGUAAAGCCAAACCAACCACUGCAGCCCCAACCACGACAACAACUACCACCACAACCACCACAACCACAACACCUAAGCCCACACCCCCGCCCACCACUACCACUACUACACCUAAGCCCACACCGCCGCCCACCACUACCACCACCCAAGGUGUCGACUACUGGUGUUCUCGGGACGGAUAUAUGCCACACCCGAGUGACCCCCAUAAGUACUUCCAGUGCGAAUGGAUUCCGGGCACCGGUUGGUAUCUCCACGACAGGACGUGCCCCGGUAUCACCAAAUGGGUUCAGGCAGAUAAGAGAUGCGACGGUGUAUAACAUGAUCUCUACCCCCAGUAUGUAAACACAGUUUGUUAUACCAUUUACAUCUAAUUGGUUGAUAAUAAUUGUAGACAUAAUUGAUAAUUAUGUAUAAAAUUGUAAAUGAUUUUAUGUGUAUUCAAUAAAAUCAAAAUUCAUAUAAUUA